AUGUCGACCUACGAAACCACCAAAGACAAAUACGUGACCAUCAACGGCAUCAAACAUGCCUAUCGCCUCUUCGGCCAAACCACCGGCACGCCCCUGUUCCUCCACGUCCACUUCCGCGGCAACAUGGACUGGUGGGACCCCGGCUUCAUCAAUCCUCUCGCGGCACAACGGCCCAUCCUCCUCGUCGACAAUACCGGCGUUGGCCGUAGCGAAGGGGAAGUCGGCACCACCUACGUAGCGUGGGCUCAGACCAUCAUCGACGUCGCCAAAGCGCUGGCCAUCCCGAAGCUCGAGGUCCUGGGCUUCUCCAUGGGCGGGUUCGUGGCGCAGCGGAUCGCCAUCCAAGCUCCCGAGUUGACACGCAAACUUAUUGUCGCGGGCUCGGGCCCUUCGGCCGGCGAGGGCGUCGUAGGCGGCGAUCCGAAGUACUUUGUCGAAGUAGCCAGUGGCGCGACUUUUGAAGAGUUCCACUCCUCCCUGAAGCACACGUUCUUCUCGCCCUCGGAGCGGAAACAGGCCCUUGCAGAGGAAUGGAUCCAGCGCAUGGUCAACGCACGCAAAGAUCGCGCCCCUUUGCUGGGCAAGAAAGGCACCGAAGCCCAGAUCGCGGCCGUGCAGCGGUGGUUCUCGGACGAGCACCGCGACGAAGGCUCCUACGACUUCCUCGACAGGAUCACCGCGCCCACGCUUGUGGCGAACGGGUCUAAUGACCUGCUCGUCCCGACGGAGAAUAGCAUCGUGCUGUGGAAGGGGUUGAAGAAUACCGAGGCCACAUUGCAUUUGUAUGCGGACAGUGGGCAUGGCUUUCUUGAUGAGUACCAUGUGCAAUUCUCGAGGCUGGUCAAUGAGUUUUUGGACGAGUAA